CAGGGAACCAUUCAUGCUAGAACCGCCACUGAUCUGGAACUGCAUGUUGGGAGGAGGAAGCGGCUGGGAACUAAACAACUGCUGACGUAUCCAUGCACCAAUGGGAUGGCAGAGGAUAUUCGCACGUUAGACGGCUAGUUUGGAAAGAAAAAAAAAAGACCACUGCAUCCAGGAAGUCCCAGCGAUGAUUGGAUGGAGCAUGAGGAUCCAUGAAGCUGCAGUAGCGAUGCGUUUUAUGGGGUCCAGCAGUGACUGCAAGGGGGACGAUGCAGCAGCAUAGGGCUGCUAGUUCUCCACAGUGUUUAUUUGUGAGAUUAAGCGCUACUUAGCUCCCUGUGUGUGUGUGUGCGCGCGUCUGCGUGUGCGGACGCAGGACGCUCCAAGCCGCGUCAGGUGGAUGCGCUGCAGCGAUCCACUUCGCCCCUAUGGAUCGCGUCCAUGGAUGUCUUCACACCUGCUUUGGACAGCAGUUUGAGUCCCAAGGCGUCACUAUCUGAAGAAGCGGAGGCGGAUGUUUUUCGCUGGCCCAGCACAGCGGAGAGCGGCGGCGGUGGCUCGGCUCAGGAUGCGGAGCCCGCCGCGCCGCCGCCGCCGCCUGGUGUCUGGACGGCCGUGUUCGACUAUGAGGCCACUGCGGACGACGAGCUCAGCCUGCGCAGGGGGGACCUGGUGGAGGUCCUGUCCAAGGACUCCCUGGUGUCGGGAGACGAGGGCUGGUGGACCGGGAUGAUAGCCGACCGGGUUGGCAUUUUCCCGUCCAACUAUGUCAGCAAAAGGAACGGAACAGAGGAGGAGGGAGGCCUGCGGGAGAGCUCGGAGCACCCAGUGCCUCCUCUGCACCUCUUGGAGAUCAAUUUCUCGGAGCUCACCCUGGAGGAGAUCAUCGGGGUGGGGGGCUUCGGAAAGGUCUACCGCGCGGUGUGGCGGGGCGCCGAGGUGGCCGUGAAGGCGGCCCGACGGGACCCCGACGAAGACGUGGAGCAGACUCUGGAGAGCGUGCGUCAGGAGGCCAAGCUUUUCGCCAUGCUCAACCAUCCCAACAUCAUGGCUCUUCUGGGGGUGUGCCUGCAGGAGCCCAACUUGUGCCUGAUUAUGGAGUACGCUCGCGGGGGGCCCCUGAACCGGGCCCUCGCCGGGAAACGCAUCCCCCCAUGCACGCUGGUGAACUGGGCUGUGCAGAUUGCACGAGGCAUGCACUACCUCCAUGACCACGCCAUUGUCCCCAUCAUACACAGAGACCUCAAGUCCAGUAACAUCCUGAUUCUCGAAAGGGUGGAGAUGGAGGACCUCAGCAACAAGACUCUGAAGAUAACCGACUUUGGAUUGGCCCGGGAGUGGCACCAUACCACCAAGAUGAGCGCCGCCGGUACAUACGCCUGGAUGGCUCCUGAGGUUAUCCGCUCGUCCACGUUCUCCAAGGGUAGCGACGUGUGGAGUUACGGCGUGCUGCUGUGGGAGCUGCUGACCGGAGAAGUUCCCUUUCGAAGCAUCGACGGUCUCGCCGUAGCCUACGGAGUGGCAAUGAACAAACUGGCUUUGCCCAUUCCCUCCACAUGUCCCGAGCCUUUUGCACGUUUGAUGGAGAACUGCUGGAGCACGGAUCCUCACUCUCGGCCGCUGUUCACAACUAUCCUGGACCAGCUCACGGCCAUUGAGGAAUCAGGCUUUUUUGAAAUGCCAGCAGAGUCCUUUCAUUCCCUGCAGGACGACUGGAAACUGGAGAUCCAGGAGAUGUUUGAUCAGCUUAGGACCAAGGAAAAGGAGCUGCGAUCGUGGGAGGAGGAGUUGACCCAAGCUGCGCUGCAGCAGAAGUGCCAAGAGGAGGCGCUGAGGAAGCGCGAGCAGGAGCUGGCAGAAAGGGAGAUCCACAUCGUGGAGCGGGAGCUCAACAUCAUCAUCCACCAGCUCUACCAGGAGAAGCCGCGUGUGGAGAGCAGGCAGGGCAAGUUCCGCCGCAACCGCCUUAAACUCAAAGAUGGAAACAGGAUCAGCCUGCCCUCAGAUUUUCAGCACAAAAUCACGGUGCAGGCGUCUCCGUCCCACGAUCAUCGGAGGAGUCUGCUCAGCAGCGGCUCCAGCCCUCCAGCCAGUCCGCUCAUGCUGCCGCGCCUUCGAGCCAUCCAGCUUACCCCGGGGGAGGGCUGCACAGAGCUGGAGAGAAAGGGCUCGAGGAAAAAAGGCCGCUCCCGCGGUUGUGGCAUUUAUCGGGAGCACAGCGCAGACGCGAGUGUGAAGCCUCCCCACGAGGGCAGCAGGCAGCGGUCCUGCAGCGCCCCAAACCUCCGCAGAUCUCCCAGACACAGUCCGGCCGUUCCCGGGGUGCCCAGCCUCCUGGAGACAGAAAAUGAAGAUUGCUGCUUCACCACAGAGCCAGGCGCAACUCCUGGCCAGUCCUACCUCUGCAUUCCCUUCCAAAAAGACGCCCACGCAUCUUCCUCCAUCGAACAAGACGGAGAUGAGUACUGCCUGGGCGGCCAGGUUCCCGAAACCCCGCCAUGCAGGAAGAGCCCCGGGGCGGGCCGGCGGUCUGAGCUGGUCCUGCUGGGCUGCGGGGCUCUGUUGGCGGCCGUCGGACUGGGCUGCAACCUGCUCACGCUGGCCCAGCCCGAGGAGGGCAUCAAAUCCAGAUGGGACGCUUUCUUCCACAGAACCGCCGGGCAAAGGCGGAGCACGAGCUCCCCGACCCGCAGGCUGUUCCACAGGGAAAGCCCGCUCAAGACUUCGGCCCUCUCCCUGCCCGAGCGAGGUUUGCCCUCUUCAUACACUCUCCUGUCCUUGUCGUCGGUGUCCGACUCCAACUCCACCCACUCACUGCUGCGUUCCGACAGCGACGAGCUGCUGAUCUGCAGGCCCGCCUCGGCGGCGUCCCGGGCGCCCGCGCCGCCUCCGCUCUCGCAGCGCAGGACGCCGGUCAACUCACUGGUCAACGUUCACGUGGAGAGCUUCAAGCGGAACCCGCGGCAGUCUCUGACGCCCACACACGUCCCCUGCGUCCCGCCCUCCGCACGGAGCCUCCGCAGGACCCCAUCGGACGGAGCCAUAAAGAAGAACGGCCCUUCCAGUUCACUGGAGCCGCUGCCGGAGAAGAAAACUUUGGACAGUGCGGCAGCAGGUGGCUUCAGGGGUUUAAAAGAAGACUCUCUUGAGGUUCCCCGGCUCCCCGACCCCAACGUGGUUUUUCCCCCGACGCCCCGCCGUCGCUGCGCCCCAGAGCGCCCCAAAACCCUGGACUUCGGGGCUCGGCCUCGCCCCUCGCCGCGGCCACGGUGCGACAUGUUCUGGGGGGACUCGCGCGUCAAGGCCAACGGACAAACGCUGGGCAGCGGCGAGUCGCCAGCCUACACCUCCAGCACAGAAACUCCGCCCACCGUGGAGUUCGGCAGGGACUCCGCGGUGCUGCCCACCCCCAUGGAGGCCCCGUCUCCCUUCUCACCCCGCAGGAAUGCCAACCUGUUGGAUGAGUCGGACGAGGGACAGUUCCGGGACGGGACGGUCCCUCUGUGCAAGCCGAAGUUCAGCCUUCCCAAAGACUCUCCUUAUCAUCCAGGAUUCUGGUCCUGACUCAUGGACUCAUGUUGCUCCUCCGCUAGCUGGAGGACUGUCACCACUCUAGGAGUUUGAGUUAAGCUUUCCCCCAUUCUACACCAUUCAAUCAAACUUGCAAUAAAGUUUUGCUCUUGCUUUAGUUAAACUGUAUUUUGGUAAAUAUUUAUCAAAAUUGUCAUCUAAAAUUUGUGAAAUGUCUGGCUAAAGAGACAGCCAGAAGCCCAUUUGUGUCACGUUCAUUAGGUUCUCGUUUCACAAAGCUUUACUCUCCUGUUUCAAGCUUUGGUUUCGAUUGUGCAUUUACUGAAGUGCACUUUUGAAAAUCAUCAUGAAUGUAAGAGCUUUUUAUUAGUAUUAUUAGUAUUAUUAUUCCCAGGAAGCAAUUUCUUAAACCACUUGAGCUCCUCUCCUCCAUCUGUUUCCCGCUCGGGUACUGCAGGCAGAUGGUUUCCCCUUUUUUUUUUUUUUUUUGCGCCGAGUUCACCUUCCUCACCAGUCGCUUCAUGUCCCACAGAUAGGGGGCGCUGUUUGAUAUGAGCACUCUUGUGUCUGCUUUAGAGCCACACUGUUGCGACUGUAAAAAGCAGAGGAAAUAAGUUCAUUGAUUGUCUUUGUUUUUUGUUUUUGUUUUUUUGUUUUUUGUCCUUUUUUUUUCAUGGUCCCGUUAAAGACAUUGAGAAACAAAACUUUAAAGCUGAAAGUAGAACUAUGUGCUUUUAUGCUGCUGUUCAACUGUUAGGAUCAGAAAUGCAUAGUUUGUUUCGCCCUCAUAGGAAGCAGGCCUAAGGAUAUGUGGAAGUUUGUUUCUUAUUUGUAUAUUUUUAAUGAACUACUUCAUUUAUUGAUUUGUUUGGUGUCUUAUUUUAUUUUAUUUUAAUCCUGUAUGCCUUGAUUUUUGACACUUCUUAAUGCUUUAUCUGAAUGUUACUGGGUCUUUUGGCCUUUGCACAAAGCAUCAAGUCAUUUGUUUGAAAGCUGCACUUUCUUCAUCACUCAUUUAGAAAUGACAUUUUUUAAUAUAUUUACAUUGACUUUUUAAUUUUUUUUACAGUGUCUUUGCCAAGAAAUGUAGCUGCCCCAAUGAGCACUUAUCAUCACAAAUCAGUGUUUCUUGUUUUUUUGUUGUUGUUUCUUAUAGUGUUUACCUUAGAAGAAUUUUAGUUUAAUGGGAAGAAAUCAUCGGCUUUCUUCAAAAAGGGAUUUUAAAAAUGUUAUAAUUUUGGGGAAGGGUGUAGAUAAAUUAACCAUUUUACAAAUCUUAAAUAAAUAUGGGAUUUUAAAAAAACAGAAGCAUGGGAUAAUGCCAAUUAUUAUUUAUUUAAUUUAUUUAAUACCUACACCAUUACUGUUAUGAAUAAUUGAGAAAAAGAGCUGAAACGUGUCCCAACACCCUGCAGCGUCAAGUUACUGAUUUAUUUUCUCCAAUUUAAGUGACCUAAAUUCCACAUGAGCUCCUUUUGGU